GAUCGCUCUGCUCUUGCUUCUUCUUGCCUGUGUUCGCGGGUGAGGGCGUUCAGUUCAGGGGGGCCUCGCGGGGCGGCGAUCGAUUAGUCAGGCCUCAGAAAGAUGGCGUCCUCGGAGCAGGCAGAGCCGACGAGCCAGCCCGGCUCUACCCCAGAAAACGAAAAUGUGGUGCCUCGGAAACCCCUUAUUGCCACUGCAGUCAAGUUUCUACAGAAUUCCCGCGUCCGCCAAAGCCCACUUUCAACCAGAAGGGCAUUUCUUAAGAAGAAAGGGCUGACAGAUGAAGAGAUUGACUUGGCUUUCCAGCAGUCAGGCACGGCUGCUGAUGAGUCUCAGUCCUUGGGCCCUUCUGCCCCGAUGGUGCCCCUCCAGCCCCCUCACCUCGUGCCUCAGCCGUACAACCCUGCAAGUUCUAGAUGGCGAGAUUAUGGGGCUCUGACUAUCAUCAUGGCAGGGAUCGCCUUUGGCUUCCACCAGCUCUACAAGAAGUACCUGCUCCCUCUGCUCAUGGGAGGCAAGGAGGACAGGAAACAGCUCCAGAGAAUCGAGGCGAAUAUCUCGGAGAUGAGCGGCAGCAUGACGCAGACAGUGACUCAGUUACAGGCGACGUUAGCCUCUGUCCAAGAGCUACUGAUCCAGCAGCAACAGAAAAUCCAGGAUCUUACCCAGGAACUGGCUGCUUCCAAGGCCACCACGUCCACCAACUGGAUCCUGGAGUCACAGAAUAUCAAUGAACUCAAGUCUGAGAUUAAUUCCUUAAAAGGACUCCUUCUAAACCGGAGGCAGUUUCCUCCAUCACCUUCUGCCCCGAAGAUCCCAUCCUGGCAGAUUUCUGUGAAGUCCUCAUCUCCUUCCAAUCCCACGGUAGCCAACCACAACAGCAGCAGCGACAUCUCUCCCGUCAGCAACGAGUCGGCCUCCUCUUCACCAGUGAAGGAGAACCACAGCCCUGAGGGCUCCAAGGUCAACUAUCACCUGCUCGGCCCAGAAGAGGAAGGGGAGGUGGUGAUCGAUGUGAAGGGCCAGGUGCGGAUGGAGGUGCAGGGGGAAGAGGAGAAGAGAGAGGACAAGGAAGAGGAAGAAGAGGAGGAAGAGGAGGAUGUGAGCCACGUGGAUGAGGAAGAUUGCCUGGGCGUCCAGACAGAGGACCGGAGAGGGGGAGAUGGGCAGAUCAAUGAGCAGGUGGAGAAGCUGCGGAGACCCGAGGGAGCCAGCAAUGAGAAUGAGAUAGACUAGGACCAUCUAAUUUUCUUUCCUCUUCCUCCCUCCCGCCUACCCCUCUACCUGCCCACAACACAGCCCCUUUCCUCUCCCUGUUGCACCUUCGGUCAGGGGAUGAGGGAACUCUCCACAGGAGUGAUUUCUCUUACGAUUCGCCACGUUUAGUGUUGACCGGCCCCCGGUGCUCCAUGCACUGGGCGUGCUGCCUUUUCCCAGGCACUGCCAGGCAGUAAGGAUGGCUAUCCUUGCACCCCUCCACUAGCCCUGCCUCAGUUCCCUGGAACCCUCCAGGUGUGAGAUGAGUGUAGCCCAAGGAGAGCUCUACACCCUUUCCCUGGGUCCAGCCCGGGGGCCCCUGCAGAUCUUCCUGAAUCCUGCUGGCUUUUCUGAGCCCUUCCAUCUAGUCUCAUUUUACUACCUAAAUAUCCCAGCACCCCCAUUGCCUACAUUUCAUUCUUAAAACCAGUCUGGCCUUUGAGAUCUGCUUGGCAUAGGUGUUAGGCUGAAGGGCUCUGGAGUCACCCACUGUCCUCUGAGGUUCUCACCUUUAAUACUGGUCAUGACAACAGGUAGCGUAACUACCUGACUCCUAACUCCUCAGGUGAGAAAGAACUGCUGUCGAAAUCAUUCUCCGUCACUCCCCAUCAUCCCCCAGCCCAGGCCCAUCCACACCCUCAUGUGGUUUGGGGCAGCAAGCAUCUGGCUGCCUGCCCCAUGUCUCUGAAGUGGGUGACUCCAUCUUCCCCUUUCUGUGUUGGCUCAUCAGGGCCUCAGACUGGUCAGCAGAGCCCCAGGGCCUCUGGCUGUGGGCCAGGCCCUGCUGAGCACGGAGGGCCUUCCAAAACAGAGCUGUCCCACUCAGCCUCUCUCCUCUCCCCUCGACGACUCCCCUGUUGUCCUCCUGGAGAAAUGAAAUGACACAGGGGUUUUGACCACCCGUUUUUGCCGCAUCAUGUUCUUGACUGGUCCAAUGGUGACACAUGAUCCCUCCUCCCUGCCCGCCGCCAGCCGAGCGAUUCCGGGAACAUCUGAGUGUGUCCUUCUCACAAAGAAAAGCUGCGCUCGUGUGUGAUCAUGUAUAGAUUCCAGAAUAUAAGAUAUGAUUGUACAUAAUUGUAAUAAACAGGAGGUACCACUAUUUAA